GCGAGGUGUCAGCACAUACACCAAAAUGGCCAGCACAAAGCUUAACGACUGGGCCGACGAGGACAUCGAGCUCCCACCCACCACCGAGACGACGGGCGCGGACGGGAUCACGACGAUCAUCUCGUGGAAGCUUGAUGAGAACGACAAGAAGGUCAAGGUGACGCGGAGGGUGCGCCGCAAGGUGCAGACCUCGAUGGUGUCGCACUCGAUUGCGGAGCGCAAGCACUGGGCGAAGUUCGGCAGCGACAAGGGCAAGCCCGCGGGCCCUGACCGCCAGACGACGAUUAUCGGGGAGAACAUGCACUUCAAGAUCGCGCCCGUGACGCGGCAGGUGACGGAUGCGGCGGCCGCCGAAGCGGCCGCGAAGGAGGCGGCCUCCGCGGCGCCCGUCAAGGCCGUCGUGUGUCGCCUGUGCAAGGGACCGCACUUCACGGCCAAGUGUCCGUUCAGAGACGAGCUGGCCGAGCUCGACUCGGCCGCAGCCGCGCUCGACCCGGAGGAGGAGGCGGCAUCGCGCCCCGGCCUCGCGGCGCCCGGCUCGGGCGUCACUGGCCGCUACAUCCCGCCGGGGCAGCGCGGGGGCGGCGCCGGCGAGUCCAUGUUCCGCUCGCGCGACGACCUGCCCACGCUGCGCGUGACGUCGCUCUCGGUCGACGCGCAGGACGACGACUUGCGCGCCCUCUUCGAGCCGUUCGCGCGCGGCGGCCGCCUCGCCCGCGCCAACGUCGUCCGCGACCGCGAGACGCGCGAAAGCAAGGGCUUCGGCUUUGUCUCCUUCGAGAGCCGCAAGGACGCCGAGGCCGCGCUCGAAAAGAUGAACGGGUACGGCUACGACAGUCUGAUCCUCAACGUUUCGUGGUCGCAGCCCCGCGAGCCCCGCCCGUAAUUGUUUCCAGGACGUGUUGCGUAGACCAUGCAUGUGUAUACGAUAGGA